AUAUGCAGGAGACUGUAACCACUCAGGCGUCGACAUCAGGUUACCAAGAAGAAUAUUCGACAUCAUUGCCAGACUUAGGUAUCACUGUCACACCAUUUGACAUGUCCCUUGGUAACCGGUCUGUCACUCCUGAAGCCCCCAUCCUCACAGCACCGAAUGGUACAGAACUGGGAAGAAUCAAACACCCUUUUUCCGAGCCAGUGACAAUAGCCAUUGUUUUGGGGGUGAUCGCUGGCAUCGUUGGAACUAUCCUUCUCUUUUAUUACUUAGUCAGCCUAGUAACUAAGGUGAUUUCUGCAUAUAAAUCUAUUUGA